AGGGUGUCCCAAAAGUCUCCAUGCAUAGUGGACUACAGUACGUACGUCAGCACCAUGGUGGUUGUGCCUUCGUCAGUGGAUGUUUGUGGACGUCCACUUCUCGGAUGGUUGGCAACACUUCCAGACUUUUUUGAAGUUUGGUAACAGUGUCGUGUGUGAUGUGCUUGCCAUGUUUCCUGUGAAAGUCCAACACAUCCUUGCGACAGCUUCCUGAUCCAGCCAUGAGAAUGAUUUCAAUACAUUCUUCUUUUGUCAAAACAUUUCCCAAUAUGUAUGGAGACUAUUGGGACAGCAUGUAUCUUGGUUUGUCCCAACUGAGAUUUUUCUCUUUUUUAAUUUAUUAUUUUAUUUUUCAUUUUUCAGUAUUUCACUCUGAUCAUGCAUCUAUUAAACCCCCAACUCUAAUUUUUUGAGCAACAAUCUUGAUUUGAUUUAGAUGAUUUUAGAAAAAUUAAAAUUGGAAGGUGGACUGUUUUUGUAUGAUGGACAAAACUUUUGAUGCAGGCCCUGGUAAGCAACUUUAAAUUAGUUUUAUUAGAUAUAUUUUUUUAAUCUUUCAAUUAAAUUGAGAAUUAAUUAUUGGGGCCCUUUUUACCUUUACACAAUAGAUAUUAUUAGGCAUUAUGAUGCAUUAAAUACUAUAUUAUUAUAUAAUUGAUUUUUAAAGAUGGCAUUUUCCCUUUAAACCUAUUUUUUUUUUUUAAAUAUAAAACAUAUAUACAUGUAUAUUGAGCUUUCACUGUGUCGACUGUAGGUUAAGAAGGACCCAGCACUUGUCUCAGACCUCCUCAAGGCAAGGAAAUUUAUGAGGUCUGCCGAGUUUGUGCUGGAAGUAUUUCAGGAUCUUGAUGGCCUAUUGGCUUGGGGUGGAAUCCACUUCCAUAAAGAGGACUCUUGGGAUCUGCUGAGCCAUCAGAGGAUCCCAUAUAUAUCCUAUUUAACUUUUCCUUCUCUCUGUCGGCUUGCCAGUCUUUCCUGUCCUUUCGCCAAGUGUGUUCUGCCCUCACUCUCGUACAUAGGGUGUGAGCACAACAAACUGCCAAGAUGUCAGACAAAAAGAUGACAUCCAGUCGCCGGUAUAACUUGAAGAGCCUGCUGCUCUCCAUUGCUGCUGGCUUGCUGGAGGCUGAAGCCAAACAGCUUGUGGCAGAUAAGGAGUCUUACAUGAAUGAGCACUGCCCAUCACUGAACCUUCCUAGCUCUGUGCAGGAGCUGCAGGACCUUUGCAAGAAGCUCCACCAGAACAUUGAAAAGGUUGAUGAGGAGAGAUAUGACUUGGAGGUCAAGGUUGCAAAGUCAAACAAAGAGAUUGAGGAUCUUAAAAUUAAGGUGAUUGAUCUGAUUGGCAAGUUCAAGAAGCCAGCUCUGAGGAAGGUGCGCAUGUCUGCUGAUCAGAUGCUUCAGGCUCUGCUCGGCUCUAAACACAAGGUGUCUCUGGAUCUGAGAGCCAACCUGAAACAAGUGAAGAAGGAGGUCAAGGAGGAGUCUGCAGAACAAGUUGGCGACUGGCGUAAGAACAUUGAGGAUAAGGCUGGUAUGGACGGCAGGAAGAAGAUGUUUGAGUCCGAGGCUUAAGAGGGAAUAGUGAUUAUUGUCUGAAAGAUCUUAAUUUAUCUCUGGCAGUUGUUCUGUAAUCCCCCCACAUACUGUUGUUUCAAUAAAGGUGGCUUACUGGUAAUUUUUCACAUUUGUUUUUACACGUCAUGUAUACGAUAUUAAAUACAGUGUAUACAAUGUACUGAAAUAUAUAUGUGCCCUUGUUUUUGCUCAUGCAUAAAGCAAAUAAAAAUG